GUAACUAUGUACAAUGUAUUUUCCACGCAAUUUCCUAUACCCUGGCUCAUGUUAGCACAAUCCAAUACCCGUGUCUAUCCUCUAAUAGUACCACACUAAAAAGUAGCCUCACCAUUCAGUAAUUUGAAUUUAUGCUCAUAAUUCUCUCUCUAUAUAAACCCACCAUCUUAAACCCUAUCUUCCCUCAGAUUUUCUCGAGAAAAUGAAUGCCAGAAGGCCCAGAACCCUAGGGAUAUUAUCAGUUUCAAUUCGUGAACGAUCAAAUUCAUUCAGGGGUCAUAUAUUGCUUAUCAGCUUGCUCUAUCGCUGUAGAUCAGACGGGGCUGGGUCUGGAUAAUAUUGAAGAGGGGAGGAGUUGACUGGUAAAUGAAUUUAUAUACAUACUCUUUUUUUUUUUUUUUCUUUGGUCCAUUUGAAAUGUAGGUAGAAGAUAGAUGUAUUGAAUUUUAAGGAUCAUAUUUUCCAUCUGUUUGCAAACGAAAAAAGAAGACGACAAAGAGUUUACACUGAACUUAAGGAAAUGACCUCCACUAGUCACACAACGAUUCUAUAAGCUUGGUUUAGGUGACUUUAUUAAUUGAUAAAAUCCAGUAAUGGAUAUUGUCAAGAUGUUUUAACAAUUUAGUUGGACACCUUUGAAUAUUCCCAUUUUGGUUGAAUUAAUCUCUGUAACACCACUUUAUUUGCCUUUAUCUUUUUGCAAUAUUUAGUACCAAGCCGAAAGAAUGGAGAGGGUUAUGUUAGGUUGAAAAUGUAAAAUUUAAGAAUCCAAUAAUGCAUGGUUGGGAUUUGAGUAAGACAUAUCUAGAAAAAUUGAUGGCAACAAUGAAUAUUAGGAAUCACUAAAUCCUACAUCCACAUACAUCUUGAGACGCAAAUGAUAAAUCAUAUGGUUAACAAUUUGCCUUUUUUCCCCUUAUUUGUGCGUUUUUAAUAUUUUAAAAACUUUACCACAAUAAUAAUGUCAAAGUUUGUUAAUGCAUAUUUCAUUCCUUUACUUAAUAAGUUAAAUCAUAAUUUUUAUUAUUUUAAUAUAUGAGGGUUUAUCCAUCUGGUGAUUUCCUAGAUAGAAAUUUGCUCUAACUUUUGGCCAUCCCCAUCUCUUAUAGAAUCAUAGGAUUCUAAAUGCCAUAUUAUCAGUAUUUUCACUAUAUGGGGUUCAGAAUCUUAAGCCUAAAAAACUUGCAUAGGCCGAGCAGAUUCUGGUAUAUAUAAAUAUAUUCGUUUAGUCUAUCAAGGCUUUCUGAGUUUGGCUAACUGCAUAGUUAUUUGUUGUGAUGAGUUGUGCUAGCAAGCUUAAUCAUUUAGCCUUCAGUUUACCGAUUUGAGAUGAACAAGUAUUUUCUACGUAAUUAUAGUCUAUAUUUAACGAUUCAAUCUGCUACUUCAUGCUGCAGUUACUUUUCUGUCUACUAUCUGCUUUUUCAAGGAUAUCCUUGAAAUAUUUCAGAAAAAUGGCUGGAUGUAGUCGAUCACCUAGAAGUGAUCACCCUUCAAUCAAAUACAGGUGUAACCCACUUGAGGGGGCUGUCUUUGAGCUCACUGAUUUUGGUCAUAAAGAUAAUGCCCCCACUCCCUCAGAUAACAUCAAGCAAAGCAGUAGAAAAUCUGAAUCCAAAUCUUCUGAGAUAGUGAGCACGGGUGAGCUUAUCUCAGCAGUUUGCCAGAUAUGGGAUCGCGUGAGUCAUUCUCUUACUUUUCUCCAACAUAAAACUAAUUUGGAGCACAAUGACGGUGAGUUUCAGAACGGCAAAAUAUUGUCUUAUCCUGGUGGACAAGGAAACAGCACAGCCCCAACAUCAGCUGAGAGUCAAUACUUCUCUGUUGAUCUGAUGACUGCUUCUCCACCAUCAGUGCAAGCAGACUUGGAGAGUCUGAAGGUAACACCAAAAAUGCCAUUCUUUGGAUACCAUAUUGGAAACCACACACAUUCUCUUUUCUGGAGAUUUCUGCAGGAUGGAUCUGACAAGCUGAAUAAGCCUUGGAAGGAAAAGAGGCUUGCAAAGGUAGUCUCACAUGAUUUAGAAAAUACCUAUGGAUGGAUGGGUAAAAUAACACUUCCUGGACUGAAACAUCUCACAAUCCACCCACAGAUAGAGAAUGAGAAAGCUGUUGAAAGUUGCAUUCUUCGAGAUGCAAAUGGUCCUGCAAGUCCCCAUAUUUCAGGCAAUGCAACUAGCUUUGCUAAUAAUUUGAUCAGUGGAAGUGUUGACUGCCAUACUAAAACAACCAAAUGUAUAGAUUCGUCAUCAGGUCAAGAUGCAAAAAUUUCAAUGAAUACUAGCUCCUCUGUUACCUCUAUGUACUCCGAUUAUGUUCUUGGGCCUGUCCAAGAUACAGAAGCAAAUGAUAUUAUCUCUAGGACCCAAUGUUCUAGACUUCUUGCAGAACACUAUGUCAACCACUUAUCUUCAAGUAGUUUUGCUUUUGUAGAUUGCCAAAGCAAAACCAAGGAUGAUCACCUGCAUGAGAACAAAAGAAAGCAACAAAUGGAUUUCAUUGAGGAUGAACCAAAGAUGGAGAUUUGCUUGUCAACAAAGGAUAAACCUCAUAUUGCUCUUGCAAAGCAAGAACAUGCUUUUGCAGGAGCAAUGGCUGGGGUAUUUGUUAGCCUUUGUUUACAUCCUGUGGAUACAAUUAAGACUGUCAUACAGUCGUGUCGAACUGAUCAGAAAUCUAUCCAUAACAUUGGCAGAUCAAUUGUUACUGAAAGAGGUGUAACAGGACUUUAUCGUGGAAUUGCCAGCAAUAUUGCUUCCUCAGCACCAAUUUCUGCAGUUUACACAUUCACAUAUGAAUCAGUGAAGGGAGCUCUGCUUCCUCUUUUUCCUAAGGAGUAUCAUUCUUUUGCCCAUUGCAUGGCCGGUGGUUGUGCAAGUAUCGCUACUUCCUUUAUUUUCACUCCAAGUGAGCGGAUAAAGCAGCAGAUGCAAGUUGGUUCGCAUUAUCAAAACUGCUGGAUUGCACUGGUUGGGAUUGUUGAAAAAGGUGGUUUGCCUUCUUUGUACGCUGGGUGGGGGGCUGUCCUCUGCAGGAAUGUUCCACACUCUAUCAUCAAGUUCUACACAUAUGAAAGGUUGAAGCAAUUGAUGGUACCAUCGCUACAACCAAAUGUUCAACCCAGCACAUUACAAACGCUAGUUUGUGGAGGAUUAGCUGGAUCCACUGCUGCUUUAUUUACUACUCCUUUUGAUGUGGUGAAGACUAGAUUACAGACACAGAUUCCUGGAUCUGUGAGCCAAUAUGGUGGUGCAUUGAACACCCUUAAGCAAAUAGCCAAGCAUGAAGGCCUGAGAGGACUCUACAGGGGCCUGACUCCAAGACUAGUUAUGUACAUGUCCCAAGGAGCGCUGUUCUUUGCAUCAUAUGAAACUUUCAAGAGGUUAUAUUGUCUGGAUGUGUCACAACAAAAUUCUCAAGGAAUCCAGAAUGAACAAUACACGGAGAAUGAUUCGAAAUCACCAUUAUUAUCAUCACAAUCACCAUUGUCAUCAGCACCGCCACCAAGGCUUCACGGUUUGGAUUCAUAAUCAGCUGGGAGCAGAUAUCUAGAGAUCUCAAAAAGGACAUGGAGGGAGAAAUCCAGUUCGUUAAUUUAUUUGGAAGAGCCUCUUAUUCGAAGACGGCACAGCCUAACACAUUUGAGUGACCCUGAUUCAUUAGUGACUGACCAAUUUUUAUUGGUGUUACCAUUUAAUUAGACUUUGUUAGCUAGGAGAGGAAAGCAAAAGUAGUAAAAUGAUCGAAUGAGCACUGGUGGAUAUCACCUGUAUUAUUUUGAUUGUAUCAUUGAUUAUGUAUUGUGGAAAUGUAAUAUAAUGUGAAUAAAGGGCCUUGUUACCCCAAAAUGACCUGUCAGAAGAUUUAAAGCAAUUGACAUUCUUUCAAUGGCAAGGAAUUUUGCUA